CACUGGGCUACAACUCAUCCACUGUACGAGCCUCAUUAUUGUUGCUGAGAGAUCUCUUUCUUCGCUCUGCUUUGGGUCUGCUCUCACGCUGAACUUAUAUUCAUUUUCUUUGCUUGCAUUUUAUUGCUCUCUCUUUCAAAAUGGCCGGCCAACCCCCCGACUCUUGGGAGGAUGAGCUCUCCAGGCAAGCGGAGGGCGUCAACCUGAACGCCCAGGGACGACCUCAAGCCCAGGCGCCCUCGUUUCGACCAGGCGCCUCUGCCUUCACCCCCGGAGCGACAUCCUUUGUGCCAGGACAAGCGUUCAAUCAAUACGGUGGCGGAUACCCCCAAUACGGACAGUACGGCCAGCAAGGAUACGGUGGUGGCUACCCGGCGUACUACAACAAUGCCCCUCCCGCCCCGAAGCCCGCUGCUGCUCCUGCUGCCGCCGCCGCUCCCGUGGCCAAAGUGCUUUCUAUCGGAGCCACUGGAAGUGUCAAUGCCCCCAAGACCAAGGUCCUUUCGAUCGGAACGCCCUCCCCUGCCGCGAGCACUCCGGCAUCCACCACUCGUGCCAGCACUCCCGGCGAUGCCAAGGGACCCGCUGCCGCAGAGGCUGGAGCGAAGGUGACUGCCGCCAAGGCGAUCGAAAAGACCGAGAAGAAGGCCGACAAGAAGGCUGCGGCGUCCGGGCAGACGUCUCCUAGCCCCUCCACAGGACGGUCCAGCCCAAGUCGCGCUGAUGCGAAGCCCGCUCGUGAUGUGGACGCCGUUGCCAAAGAACAACAAGCUGAUGUCGACGAAGCUACCUUGAAGGAGAUUUACGGUGAACGGAAGGAACAUGUUAACGUUGUGUUCAUCGGACACGUUGAUGCCGGCAAGUCCACCCUGGGUGGUUCGAUCCUGUACGUCACAGGCAUGGUUGAUGAGAGAACUAUGGACAAGUAUAAGAGAGAUGCCAAGGAGGCUGGCCGAGAGACCUGGUAUCUCUCUUGGGCUUUGGAUUUGACUAGUGAAGAGCGUGCCAAGGGAAAGACCGUGGAGGUUGGCCGUGGUUUCUUCAAGCUCACUGUUCCGUCGCCCGAGGGUCCGAUUGAACGAAGCUUCUCUAUUCUUGAUGCCCCAGGUCACAAGUCUUUUGUCCCCAAUAUGAUUGGCGGCGCUUCCCAGGCCGACAUUGGUGUCCUGGUCAUCUCUGCCCGUAAGGGUGAAUAUGAAACCGGCUUCGAAAAGGGAGGCCAGACCCGUGAGCACGCGCUGCUAGCCAGAAACUCUGGUGUGAGCAAGUUGAUUGUUGUGGUUAACAAGAUGGACGACCCCACGGUGGAGUGGAGCAAGGCUCGAUUUGAUGAAUGCACUGUGAAGAUCAGCAAGUAUCUGGAAGCUCUUGGGUACAAGAAGAACGAUGUCAUUUUCAUGCCUAUCUCCGCUCAGCGUGCGAUGGGUAUCAAAGACCGCGUGCCCAAGGACCUUGUUCCCUGGUAUGACGGCCCUUCACUGCUUGAGUACCUGCAAAACAUGAAAAUGCCCGAGCGUAAAAUCAACGCUCCUUUCAUGAUGCCCGUGAGCGCCAAGUACAGGGAUAUGGGUACUAUGAUCGAGGGUCGCAUUGAGUCUGGUGUGAUCCAGAAGAAUGGAAGCUAUCUCCUUAUGCCGAACCGCGUCAAGGUUGACAUCUCUGCUCUUUAUGGCGAAACCGAAGACGAGAUCCCGACGGGUACUUGCGGUGAGCAAAUUCGUGCUCGUCUCCGCGGUAUCGAAGAAGAAGAUAUCCUCCCUGGCUUCGUCCUCUGCUCGCCUAAACGCCCUGUUCACUGCGUCUCUGCUUUCGAAGCGAAGAUUAGAAUUUUAGAACUCAAGAACAUUCUUUCCGCUGGAUUUAACUGUGUUCUGCACGUCCACUCUGCCAUCGAAGAGGUCACCUUCGCCGCCCUUCUGCACAAGCUCGAGCCUGGCACCGGCCGCAAGAGCAAGCGCCCCCCGCCGUUUGCCAGCAAGGGCCAAACCAUCAUCGCUCGGCUAGAGGUCACCGGCACCGCCGGCGCUGUCUGUGUGGAGCGUUUCGAAGAUUACAACCAGCUUGGACGUUUCACUCUGCGCGACCAGGGUCAAACCAUCGCUAUUGGUAUGAUCACCAAGCUCAUUUUUAACGAAACCGAAGACGCCUAAACGGGCAAAUAUGGGGAUUUUCAGCGACCUACAUUUUUAUAGCUAUGGAUAAUCCGUUUAAAUAGGCUGCAUUGUAUUUGACUACAGUUAUCUACAAGGCAGUAGGUGGAAUCUAGGGACAAUGAGACACGAGCAAAAGAGCGGGCGGAUAUAUCCUAUUAAAGUGGUUCAACUUUGAUUGAUUCUUGAUGAUGAAAAAUAUAUU